AUGGCUUCUAUACACAGGCUUAAUAGUGUUCUUUUCUUUCUACUAUUGGCUCUUGGCAUUUCUUCUGCCAGAAGGGCCCUUCUCACUCUUGAUGGCGGCUAUGGUGUAGGCCCUGGCAUUGGUGGUGGUUAUGGUGGAUAUGGAGGUGGUAGCGGUGGAGGACAAGGUGGGGGUGUAGGGUAUGGUGGUGAUCAUGGAACUGGAUAUGGUGGUGGUGGUGGUGGUGGAAGCGGCGGUGGUGCGGGUUAUGGUGGUGGUGUAGAGCAUGGUGGUGGAGGUGGUUAUGGUGGAGGUAAAGGAGGUGGAGCUGGAGGAGGAUAUGGGGCUGGUGGAGAACAUGGUAUUGGGUAUGGAGGAGGAGGUGGAAGUGGUGCUGGUGGUGGAGGAGCUGGUGGGUAUGGUGAAGGAGGAGCACAUAGUGGUGGAUAUGGAAGUGGUGGAGGAGCUGGUGAUGGUGGUGGUGCAGGAGGAGAGCAUGGUGGUGGUUAUGGUGGUGGCCAAGGAGGUGGGGUUGGAGCAGGUGGAGGGUAUGGUGAUGGUGGAGCACAUGGAGGUGGUUAUGGUGGCGGCCAAGGAGGUGGAGCAGGUGGAGGGUAUGGUGCUGGUGGGGAGCAUGGUGGUGGAUAUGGCGGUGGUGAAGGAGGUGGAGCAGGUGGAGGGUAUGGUGCAAGUGGAGAACAUGGUGGUGGUUAUGGUGGUGGUCAAGGAGGAGGAAGUGGAGGAGGGUAUGGUGCUGGUGGAGAUCAUGGUGCUGCUGGCUAUGGUGGUGGAGCUGGAGGUGGAGCUGGUGGAGGCUAUGGUGCCGGUGGAGAACAUGGCAUUGGCUAUGGAGGAGGUGGUGGAAGUGGUGGAGGGAGUGGAGGAGGUUAUGGUGAUGGAGGAGCUCAUGGAGGUGGAUACGGUGGCGGCGCGGGUGCCGGUGGAGGAGGAGGGUAUGGGGCUGGUGGAGCACAUGGUGGUGGUUUUGGAGGAGGUGGUGGAAGUGGUGGUGGCCAUGGUGGCUAUGUUCCCUAA